GAAGCCAAGCUCGAGACAUAUUGCAUGAAUCUAGGUCAUAUAGAGUCAAUCCUAUUAUCAUCCACACCUUAGAGCAAGAAGAGGUGGCGAAACCAUAAGAUCUUGUCGAGUUUAUUAUAAAACAUAAAGGGUUGGUCGAGUGAGGCACCUGUGAUGUUGCAGUAGCCAGUAGGUACAUUGGCCAAAAAAUACAGUGGUAGGUAAAGCGGCAACGGCUCUGCAUAUGAUAUGAUCAUAUGAAGAGUAGAUGUGGCUCAGGUCAAAAAUAGAAUAUUAGUUGUGGUCAGAGGAUAAACAAGAACACUAGCUUGUGUUGGGCAAUCAAGCGUUCCAGGUUUUGGGAGUAAAGAGAAUGGGUUUCACAUCGGAUUUGCUGGAUAUAGUGUUGACUUCAUCAGCUUUCUCUGCGUUGCUUUUGUUCGUUCCUCUCUUCCACUUGUUCAGGUUUCUAUUCUCUCCGUUCAUCAAAAUAUCAAAGCGCCAUGAGACCCUCGCAGGCAAAGUUGUCCUCAUCACCGGAGCCUCUUCCGGCAUUGGCGAGGCCUUGGCUUACCAGUACGCUAGAAGAGGGGCUCGUUUAGCCCUUGUGGCCAGGAGAGUGGUUCGUCUGCGUGCGGUUCUUGAUCAAGCUCUACGCCUGGGUGCGCCUGAUGCUAUUAUGAUUCCUGCUGAUGUUUCCAAGAUUGAAGAUGCUCAGCGUUUUGUUGACAAGACUAUCCACCAUUUUGGCCAACUGGAUCAUUUGGUGAACAAUGCCGGUAUUAAUCAAGUCAAAUUCUUUGAAGAAUUCUCCGUCAAUUUCUCUAAUUUAGCUCCAAUAAUGGAUAUAAAUUUCUGGGGUUCAGUAUAUGCUACACAUUUUGCUGUCCCACACUUGAGAAAAAGUAAAGGAAAGAUUGUAGUGAUUUCUUCAUUGUCAGGAUGGUGCUCCCUUCCCAAGCUGAGCUUCUACAGUGCAAGCAAAGCAGCCAUGAUAAGCUUCUUCGAGUCAUUGAGGGCUGAAUUUGGUUCUGAUAUUGGGAUAACCAUAGUCACUCCAGGGCCUGUCAAGUCAGAAAUGAUUGACCCCAAGACAUGGCCAGUCGAAUCUGCAGAAAGGUGUGCGGAGGCCAUUGUGAAGAGCACCUGCAGGGGUGACUUGUAUUUGAUUGAGCCAUCUUGGUUCAGAAUCGGAGUGUGGUUGAACUGGCUUUUUCCUAGUCUAUUGGAGUGGUUGUCUCACUUUAAGAUGCCAAAUGAUACUGUUGCAAAGAGAAACAAUUAAGCAGAAUGUGAAUUUGUUCUGUAGCAGUGAUGGGCCAUUUUAUGAUGUUUGUUCCUGCUCGCGGCAUGAACUACUUGAAACAUUGUAUGAUUUCUACCAGGAUGUGAAUUUACGAGUGUUGUCCCAAGUUUCGCUUCA